CUGUGAAUGUAAGCAGACGAUUAACCCUGCGCUGAGCAGCGACCGCUGUCCAAUCUGUGGACGCCACAGUCGCUGCCGUCGUUGCUACACCUACCCGCGACGACGCUAAGGGAACUGGUACGGCAUUGCUUCGGCAAUACUAGAGACGCAGAAUGAUCACCUAUGACACGAUAUUAUGGUCUUGGUUUGAUUCCACAGAGUGUACUUCACACGUGCAGUAGUCUGAACCAAGUUAAUGGCCUGCAUGUUGGAUGCCUCGUGCGCAAAGUUUAUUGAGCGUAUACUUUGUCCGGAUUCAUCUCGGAUGCUAUUCACGUACUGCUUUGGGUCGGUGUAUCGAACGGCUUGUCCAACGUCGGAAGGGUUACAUUACAGUCACUUCUCAAUCUUUCCGGCUAUGCCACAGUAUACCCCGAACCACGUAGGUCAGGCAAGUCAGGCUUACGAACCGAUAUGCCACCUAGUUUCCCUGUUAUUGCCCUGCCACGCACCUUUCCCAAUAAUGCAAGUAACUGCUGCAUUGGACACUUUGCCGGUGCUGUAUACGUAUUGUUACAGUAGCUUGCAGAAGUUGCAUGUAGCUGGUGCCCAAUCAAUAGGCACUCGGUGCGCGAUCUUGAUUACCACCGCCGAUCUGUCAUCCUUUGCAAGGGGCUUUGCGUGUGGUGUGAGGCGUCUGCCUUUUCGUGCUGGCAUUUGCACCAACUCCUUUGGGACAUGACAAGCGAAGUCCACUGCGUCAAGUGGCGAGGCUUCGAACUCUACCGCCGCGAAAUGCCGGACACGCUUGCCAAGAGCAUCGGGCUAGGAGA